AAAUAGAAUUGGAAGUUGAUAAAUAUAAAACCUAUGUUCCAAGAGCCUAUUUUAUGGAAGACAAAAAUGUUCAAAAAAUAGAAUCUGAGAUAACACUUCUGGAAAAUACAGAAAAUUGCAAAAUGCAAAUGGUAUAUCUUAUGGAUGAUAUUCAAGAUUUAAUUACUCCAAUAAAAUUUCAACUGACAUAUAAUUUAAAGGAACCAGAGGUUCCACAGUUUUGCAAAAGCUGUCCCGUCAUUGAUGCAACUGCAACUAAUACUAUUACUAAAGAGGUUAUGUUCUGGAAUGGUUGUGGGGAUGAUAAUGAAUGUUUGAGUGAUUUAAAGCUUUCUGUAAAAUAUUUGAGUAAAGUUGAACGAUUUGUAAUUGGAGAAAAUAAUAUUUUGGAGAUGGAAGUAAAGGCAGAAAACUUGGGUGAACCAGCAUAUAAUUCUACGAUAUUUAUAAAAUUACCUGAAGAUGUUAUGAUGAUCAAUCAAGCAGAAUGUACAAGUACUUCAGAAGAUCAGAAUGCAGAAAAUUAUACUUUAUUAUGCAAUGUUGGGAAUCCUCUCACUUCUGAUAGUCCAAAUAUCUUUCAAUUGAAAAUGGAUACUUCUAGACUUUCAAAACCAGUUGAUAAAUUGGUUUUUGAAUUUUGGAUAGAAACUGCAAGUAAAGAAAUUAAUCCUUCUGAUAACUUCUAUACUGUUACAAUACCAGUGAUAUUUGCAGCUGAUAUUCAAAUUAGAGGAUUUGCUGAAAAUGAACUCAUAUUUUUACAGGAAGAUAAUAAGGAAGUAAUUCCUAUUAGUCACACAUAUUUUGUGUCGAAACAAUUAAGAAAUCCAAUUCCUGUUGUGGAUGUGACCUUAAAAAUUCCGAUCAAGUUAACUGUCGACGGGCCAGACUUUCUCGAAUUAACAUCUUUACAGAUUGGUAAUGAUACGGCAAAUAAUGUUCCAUCAACUUGUGAUGUAGUGACUGAGAAACUGGUAAAACCUGAAAUAAUAUUGUCACGUUUACAUAGAGACGUAUCUUCAAAACGGUACACGCAUCAAGAACAUGCGGACCAUUCUAAUUUUGAUACUAUUAAUUUGGAUUGUACUACGGCAGUUUGUAUAUCUAUAUCGUGCCGUGCGGGACCUUUUGUGGAUACCAAAAAAAUCGCAAAGUUUCAGAUUAGUGGCUAUAUUAAUUUAACCAAUUUACAAAGCAGUAUUGGAGAGAAAGAUGUAACUGUACUUAUAUCAGAAGGCAAAGUAACAAUUAAAGAUGCAAAUUAUGGAAAGUUUGUAAGAGAAGAUCGAGCAACUGUUGCAACGUCACUAGAGAAAUAUGGCCUUCAUCAACAAAAAAUCCCUAUUUGGAUUAUUAUUGUGAGCGUAGUGGUUGGACUACUACUAUUAAUUGUUCUUCUUUCAUUAUUAUACAAGUCUGGCUUCUUCAGGCGGAAAGAACAAGAAGAGAUGGAAAAACUGAAAAAUGAGGAAGAAAAUGAGGAAACGUUAGCUUUAAAUGGCAAUUCCACAUAAAACAUAAUUGUAAUAACAUGUUCUUGCAUGUUGUUAUUUUGUAAUAUAUUGUAAAUUUGUAAUUCAAAUGUUUUUAUACAAUGUAUAUGUUAAAUUAACAUUUGUGUAUUGUGAGCAAACAUUUUUCAGAAUUUUUUUACUGAUCAUCGUUAAUGGAAUGAUGAGAGUUUGAAUCGAAGUGUUUGCUUUUAAUAAGAAGGUAGCUUAGAUUGUUUUCAUCUGUAUUUAUAUGCCUUCUAGUCAUUUUCUAAUAUAAUUUAUUAAACUUCACUUUGUCUCUUUUAUUUCUGAAUAAAUUAAUUAGUUUAAUACAUUUCUUGAAAUUGUCUUAGCCUAUAACUACGAGGUGUGUUCAAAAAGUAUCGGACCUUUGGUCGGCAAAAAUAAAUUUAUUGACUUUGAGGUACAAAACCCUAAUCCCCUUCAAAGUAGU